AUCUUGUUAGGAUUAGACUUGCUCAUAUUCAUUUUCGUUCAGUAUGUUGUUUUUGCUAUUAGAUUUUCAUUUUUCUGGGUUGUUCUUUUAAAAAAUGAAUGAUUUUGCCUAGUAAUCUAAUUUAAUUUGUGUUUUUAUGUUAUGGGGGGCUAAAAUGAUUAGUAUUCUUCUCCAGCAAAGAGAAUGAAGCCAGAGGUUUCUUCGUUGAAUCCCUAUGCAGCCUCAUACAUACCACUUGCCAAAAGGGAGGGUUCCAUAGCUAAAGAUAUUAAGGCUGGAAAUGAGUCUGCUUGGUUUGAUCCUUUCUCACGUAGCAAUGCUUCACUUGAAUCUGCAAUCCCUGGAAUUGGAAACCACCCGGUUGCAUUGAAAAGCGACCCUGGUCAUGGUUCUUUGAUGCAAAAUCAGGGUGAAAUGAGUGGCGAGCAGAUUAUGGAUGAGGAAUUCGACAUGGAUUUGCAGUAUCUUCGCAUGAUGUUCCCCGGUUUGUCCAAUGACUCUGUUCUGGAUGUCUACAUGGCUAAUAAUGGAGACUUAGAAGCCACUAUUGACAUGCUGAACCAACUUGAGAUGUACACUGUUGAGUCCUCUGACACUCUUCCCGACACAUUGGAUAUCGGUGAUAUCUCUGAAUCUAUCUCUUCAGCAAACUGUGGUACUCUUAAACUGAAGAAUGUGGCAAGUGAAACCGGCGCGUCUUCAUCAGGCUCUACAGAAUCAGCUGUUACCUCCUGACUGACAUAAUCAAAGGGGUUUCAGUGUUUCUAGUUUUAGUUGUAUGUCUCAGUGGAUAAGAAGUGUACACAAGUAGGGUUCUUCUUCAAGGUUGAGAAAUGUAGUACUUUGCUUUUAACACUUGAAGGGUUUAACAUUGGAUGUAUAGUUGUAUGCUGUAACAUUUGUUUGGUGAAAGUGGCAGUUUACAUGCA